AUGGUCCAAGCAUUACAUGAUGCCCUGAACUCUGUUUUCCCUGACAUCCAGUUCACACUGGAGGCGGAAGCCAACAACCAACUGCUGUUCCUGGACAUUCUCCCUCAUCGAAAACUUAAUGGACACCUAAAGACGACGAUAUAUAGGAAGGCAACUAAUACACGCCAAAUCCUGAGCUACCACAAUAAGCACCCGUUAGGCCACAAACGCCGUUGGGUGCGAGCACCCUACAAAAGUGCAGAAACACGCUGCAGCGAGCUGGAAGACAGAAGGUCAGAACUACACUACCUCCAGCGCCUCUUUAUGGCCAACGGGUAUCCUCGCAGUUUCAUCGAACGCGGCAGACGGGCCGGACCAAGCCGACCUUUGGCGACAGAACGGCCAAAAAUAAGGCGGGCGCUCCUUUGCAUCGACGGCGUUUCUGAAACGAUGUCCCGUCUCUUAAGACUGCUGGGGAUCGGCGCCGCCCACCAACCGGAGUCCACCAUUCGACAUCUGGUCAUGAGACCAAAGGCCCCUCUGCCGGGAGCUGAAACCACGAACGUCAUCUAUCGGAUCCAGUGUAACUCUUGCGAAGUCAACUACAUUGGGGAGACCGGCAAAAAACUACAUACACGUGUUGGAGAACAAAUGAGGGCAGUAAGGCAAACGGACCCCUUGUCUCUGGUGGCCGAACACUGCGCCGAUUCCAGACAUACGUUCACCCUUCAGCAUGCCGAAAUUCUGGGCCGAGGAAACGACCGCAUAGCUAGGGAAACAAUCGAGGCUUGGCACACGGAGACAACCUCCGUCAACCGCUACCUACCAAGCCCUUCAGGCUCAGCUCAGUACAAAAAUAUGCAAACGUGA